AUGAGAAAGACUAUAAAGCAAUUGGCAAUCACCAGUUGCUUCAUAAUUUUUUCUCAGUAACAACCAAAAAGAAAAUUUACCAUAAUUUUAUUGUUAUAAACAAAUUGCCUAAACAAGUUGCAUUGUGAAGGACUACUACUUUUUAUCUGCUUUAUAUUUAUUUUUUAUAGAUCGAUUAUUUAAAUCUUUGUAAUCUAAUUCUGUCGGUCUGUCUGCCUGUCCGAUUGUUUCAUAUUUUUAUAUUUUUUUCUCCAUUCAUUACUCACUAGUCUUAAACUAAAUAGAAUUAUAUUUUCAUAUAAUUUAUCUUCCUCUUGA